AUGUUGAUAAUCUAUUCUGCUAUUUGUGCAUUAUUUCUUAUAUCGACAAUUUCAUCUACACCUUCACCACGUAUUGUUUAUUCAGCUAUUAUCUAUAAUGCACAAGAUUCACCAACGGAUUGUAAUAUAAUAUGGUCUCAACCAUCAGAUUCAACAUUAGAAAGUGGUUCAUUUACUAUUGGACGACAUGAAUAUUAUUUAGUAGAUGAAAAAGAAAUUGAAAUGGACACAUGGACAGCAAAUGCAGUCAUCAAACAAAUUCGUUGUGGAAAAUUAGUACUUGAUGCUCCAUUUGAUAAAGUUACAUCACCAGAAAGAAAAUGGAAAUUUCGUGUUGAAUCAGAUAAAAUUGUGUCAGUUGGGCCAAGUUCAUAA